CCCCGCCCCAUGGCUCUGCCCGGGGCGCCGGGAGCCGCCCGCCCCGCUCCGCCCCCCCGGAGCCCAGGGGGCGGCCGGCCCUGAACCGGCAUCGCUACCGCCGCCAAGAGAAGGUGGCCCCCGGCCUCCACGUAGAAGCCCUGAGGGAGGAGGAAGAGGAGGAGGAAGAGGAGGAGGGGGAAGAAGGAAGAAAAAAAAAAUAAUAAAAGGACGAGGAAGAGCUUGGAGUGGAGCCAGGUGCUGGAAAAGGGCGAUCUGAAUCUGGCUGCCUGCUCACCUCUGCGCCGGAGGGAAACCCGGAGCCCCUCAGCACCGCUUCGCAUCGGAGCCACCGGCCCUGGAGCGAGGGCCCAACGUGGGGUGGCUGCACCAUUCCUGGGGGGCACCCGGCCCUGCAUCACCUUCCCCAUCCCCAACGAGCAGGAAAAGCUCCAUCCGCCGGAUUUUAGCUUCCUGGGACAUCCAAGGGACUCAUCCUCCUCCUCCAUGGUCCCCCUGUGCAUCCCCACGGCCGCCGGCUGAGCCCCCCCUCACCCACCGCCCGGCUCUGCAUGCUGCCUGGAGCAGCCCCCAGCCGUCCUGCUGCUCCACACCGCGGCUCGGAGCCCCCCGACAACGGCCUCGGUGGUGAGGCGGGGAGGCCAGCAGGGACUCCUGGGGAGCGUUAAGAUGGUGAGAGCUCUCCGGCCGAGAGGGGCUGCGCGGACGCCAGGCCACCAGGUUUGGGGGUCGCAGGAUGGACAGAGCCCUUGGGGCCGGGAGCCGAGGCCGGUAGGAAAGGAUGGACUCCCGGAGCUGCCAGGACAGGCAGCCCAGUGACCCCCCCAGCAGCAGCAGCAGCAAUUGUAGCAGCGGCAAAAGCGAAGGCGAGAGGGAGAGGAUCCGCAGCCGGAUGAAAAUGGUCAUCGGGCAACUGGAAGGCAUCUUGCAGGAGCUCAAGGAGGUCGCCAAGGAGCUCCGGGAGGUAGUGAGCCAGAUCGACCGGCUGACGUCCGACUUCGAGUUCGAGCUGGAGCCGGAUGAUUGGACGACAGCGACGGCCAGCAGCACCUCCAGCAGCGAGAAAGGGGGGGUCUCCUUCGAGCUGGGACCCCUCGACUUCGCAGCGGCCGACAUCCUGUCCGACAGCUGGGAAUUCUGCUCAUUCCUGGAUACCUCCACCCCAUCAGACCAAGGCGACGGCCCCGACCCCCCACGGCCUCAGCCCCCGCCGUGCCGCCAGCCCGACUACCGGCUGAUGAACGGCGGGGUGCCCAUCGCCAACGGGCCCCGAGGGGGCACCCCGGACUCAUCCAGCGAGGAGGCAUUCGCUCCCCAACAGAAAGGUCCCCAUCACCGGACAGCCGGCACGAGGGAGCGGGUCCGCUUCAGCGACAAGGUGCUGUACCACGCCUUGUGCUGCGACGAUGAUGGGGAUGGUGCCGACGAAGCGUCCCCAAACGAGGACGGCACCGAGGAGCGGGGCCUCAAGGUGACCCCGAAGAACCAACCGUCUGUCGGUGGCAAUGGUGGUGGCACUACUGGAGGGCCACCGGCGCGGCGGCUGAUGAGGAACAGCAGCACGCAGACUGUGGCCGACAAAAGCACCCAGACGGUGCUGCCUUACAUCCCGGCCAAACAGAAACUCAAAACGAAAAACUGACGUCGGUUCCGGCCAAGGGUUGGGGUUGGGUGUCUUGGGAAGGGAUCAGAAGUAUAUAUAUAUAUAUACAUAUAUAAAUAUAUAUUUAAAUAAAUCGCUACUACUAAUAAAAUUGAGAUGAGAAGUUGGCAGAGGAGACAAAUGUCCAACUACCUUACCCGUCGUUUUUGAGGC